AUAAAUACCAUACACUUGACUCAUUUGUUUCAAUACGUGUCCACUCCAAAGGCCAGUCAACAUGCUUCUUCCCUGGUUCUUCAGCGCACUUCUCCUCAGCUCUGUUCUUGGAUAUCCCAGAUUUCCCAGAUUGCAUAACAACACAGAAAACUUCACGAGCUCCAUCAUGUUUAACACAAAUGCAUUCACCCGCUCCCAUAACUUACUUGCUAUGUGUUUAGUAUCCUCAUGCUAUGCCCAUGAUCUGGAUGACCGCUUUCAGAAAGGAGAUGAAGAUGCGGGCAAGCAAUCCCAUGACCCUUAUGGACCGGGCAAGAAAUGAGAGACUGAAGCAAGGAUGUGGAGAAAUCAUCACCUGAUACACUGAUAAUUCAAACUUUCCGAAAGUUCUACUCAUUCCACAGCAAAUGUAGUUCCUCACAAUGAAGAGCCACUACAGCACCAUGAUAUCAACCAUGAUAUAUAAUAUAUAUUUUUAAUAAUGAUUCAUUAUUAUUGAUUCUGGAUUGAAAAAAAUAAAAGUCAGGUUGAAUAUCAGACAGGAGAAUAUAAGAGACUGAGGGCAGAGUGAUGGAGAUGUUAUACAGUGGAAAGUUCUAGCAGGUUGUUUUUUGUUCUGAAAGGUUAUAGCAAGCUGCAUGAACCAGUCAAUGUAAAAAGCAUCUGAAAUAAAAAUCUGAAAUGUU